UUAUUUUGCAUAUUUUUUUCGAAUCAAUCCGCCACGCUUGAUGAACGUUGUCGUUAUGGCUAUGUUCUAGAAAAAUCGAAAGAAGAAAAAAAUGAUAACUGUAUAAUUUCGGUGAUCUUGCAGUAGACUGCGGAAUAAUAUAAGCGGGGUAAUCAUCGUUUUGUUUUACGGGGUUAUUAAGUAUACCUAUAUCUAGUAGCACCUGUCCGCAAUUUUCUGUACAGUUGAACAUGGAGAUCAACUCCACAUCAAUUUGAAAAGCAAACCGCAAACGAGGGAAGGUAUAGUACAGAUAUAUAGGUAUACAGUGAUUGCACAGACGAUUUCUGCAAUCAAUUCCAAUCGCAAAUCAAUGUUAGCGUUUCUAUAGCCUUCUGUACGAAUAGGCGAAUAUGUACACAUGGAUGACUGCAAUCAUCGUUUCAUAUUUUUCAUCCGGAAUAGCCGCUGCAUGAAUUUUUCACCGUGUAAUAUCCGCGGGGAAAAAUACAUGUACCUAUUUCUUUGUUAUUAUUUCUCGCUGUACCAGCUUCUCGUCGCAGCCGCGCGUCUGUGCUUUUUACUUCAAUUUAUUCACUUUUUUCAAAUUUUAUUCAUCGUCUGAAAAUUACAUGGAUGACAUGUAUGUACUUACGUGUAUGGAAAAUCUGAGGUCUCUGUUGAACAAAUUUUUAAUGUCCAUCGAUUUAUCUACUCAAUUUUUGCUUUUACUGAAAAUGUUUUUCACUAGCUUUCUCUCUUUUUUCAAAUAGCGCAGUUAUUCAUCUUGGUCGUUUCUCACGCAAAAAUGAUUCUCCUCUACUUGGAUAAAAAAAAAAAACUGCGGCUGCUGGUGCUGCUGUUUGAAAUCCUUUAUAAGUCUGGUACUUCACUUCAACAGCUCUCACGGUUUCCAUUCCAUCUUAUAACAAUAUGUGAUCGUUACAUUUAUAGCGUAGAAUAAAAAUGAAGAAAUUCAUGAGGUGAAAGUAAUAUUCCAUCGAUCGAAACGUUCUUCGAUAAUUUCAACGAUUUACUUUGAAAUUUUUGUGGAUCAUUUCGAAAGAAGGAUUCACAUGAGAUUUCUUUAUUUGUUCUUCAAUUUCUUCGAUAUUCGAAAAAGGAGUAUUGAUUAAAUUUCCGGAAACGUGAAUAUUCAGCCAUUUGUUGAACCCAAACAACGUGUGAGGGAUGUGAAAUUUUUUUAAAUUGGAAAAAAAAAACAAAUUUCUUAGAUUCAUUAGACCCCAAACACACGUACUACAUUUUUUCAAAUUCCAAUCGUAUCUCUUUCAGCUAAUGAAGUUUGAUAAAUGUUAUUUCCACAAAAUUAGGGCGGACGUGUUAUGCCUUAUAUUUUAACCCAGGCUUGAAAAGAAGAUGAAUUUGAGACUGUUACUGUACGCAGUCUCUAAUUUCACAGAAGAGGGAAAAAAGCCAUUAAUAAGAAAAUGAAAAAAGUAUAUGAAUACAACCCAUUCAAUAUUAUUAUACGAGGUGAUAUGAUUAUUCAAAAAUAUAACAUAUUGUUACACUAUGUAUACAUCUAUGCUUUCAGUUUUUUUUUUCUCUUUACUGCACUUUAAAAUACGUAUACAUAUUUUUCUCAUUCUUAAAGCUGCGCUACUUCAGCGCUUAUUCCAGUUCCUAAAUAUCGCAAAACUUUAAUAAGCGAGCCUAAUUCAUUUUCCCAAAAUUAUCUCAAUCGUUCAAAGUUGAGGCUCGAUUCGUAUGUUGAGAUAAAUUCUUCAUCCGUUUUGGGGAAAAAUAUGACAGAUUUUCUCCAUCCUUUUAUUCCGAGUAUUGUAAUUUCGUUAGCGUAGCAUUCGUGCGAUUCUGUCCUCAUUCUACCCAUAAGUCACAAUUUAUUCUUGCAUUAUUUUGGAACUGUGUAGGUAUACAUGAGUAUACUCGUACGCGUUCACCCUAUCCACUCAUUUAUCAUGCGAAACGUAAUCAGAUACUAAAAUUCCAGACUCAUUUUUCUUACUCCAGGUGGUGGCAAUAUUUAUUUAGCUACACAAAAAUUCAUACCGAUUUUUCUAUCGUUGCUAGAGGCUGCAGCGAGUGUUCUCCGAUGCCUGUAUCUUUUCUGAUUAUCAAUCAGUUGGAAAACAAGUGACAGAUAUUUAAAUGUGCUAAAGAAAUUCAUGCUGUAGAUUUUAGAAACUAAUUAUAAAAAAGAAAGGCAUUAUCUGAGAGUUUUUCACAAACUUCGAAUCCAUUACAUACAAAUAGACUAUAUUUGAAAGGUUUCGUAACGUAUUUCAUUUCAGAAUUUCAGAAAAUGUGGUUUUUUUUAAAAUAUAAAAUUUUCUCAAACCAGAUAGUUUUUCAGAGCUAAUUUUUUUUGUAAAAGAAAAAAAAGACAAAAUACUAAAAUCUCGGGGAGCGGAAGAACCUAAAAUUCAAUUUUCUAACUCUAUUAGGUAUGAAAAUGAUGGUGCAUCUGGAGCUGGAGAAAGCGAUGAAACCUCUUCGAAUGGCGUCUCAAGUGAUGGGUCUGAACGUGGAUGGGGUCUUAGGUCGUUUUUACACGUCCCUAGUGCUUUUAAUCGUAGCAGGACUUCUCUACGGAAGUUUUAUAAAUCUUUCGAGCGGAAAUGAAGAAAUAUUAACCAAAGUUGACACCGUUAUUUUAUGGACCCAAUUCGUGGCGAACGGAAUUUUCGUAUUUGUCGUUCUAGGAAGCAGUCUAGUCAGCAGUGAACAGUUCAAAUUUCCUACCAAGGAUUUAACGCAGGUUGACAAAGUCUUCAGUUAUCGCAGAUUAUUCGGCGUUCGAAUCGCGAACGGUCAUCUGCGACGUCUUCAAAUCCUGCAAAUAUUGUUGUCGAUUUCAAUCUUCAUACUGCUCGGGUUUAUGGAUAUUUACAAGAUGAUCGUUCGCCAAUUUUUACCUGUUUUCAUACACUGGUUAUGCUGCGGGUAUUUUAUAAUAUUGUCAAUUGUAACGGAUUGCUUGUUCGUCGAUUACCUGGCUGUCAUGAAACAAAGAUUUUUCCAACUCAACAAGCUUCUGGCGAAAAUCUUAGAAUCUAACAGAACGUCGUUCAACAUCGCAAUGAUUUACGUCGAGCAACGAGAUCGGGAAAUUGUGAAAAAACAAAACACCGAGGUAUCGACGAGCGUUGAAAAACUGAGAAUCCUCCACCACGAUCUCUGCUGCAUUUGUACGAAGCCCCUUUGCUGUUAUAUUAUCAUCGUUAUUUCAAUUGUUAUUUCCAUAAAGGUAAACAGAUCUUUCGGUACCCAGCAACUCGUAAAUACAGCAAUAACCCUCGUCAUAAUAACCGGACAGCUUUACGAAGCCUAUCAUUUUAUAAUUGCCGAUAACAAUAAUCCGGCCGAAAUAGCUGCUCACAAACUAAUGUGGAUGUUGUUUUACAUCGGUCGUAUAUUUUACAUAAGUUACGCCUGCAGUCGAACAAGUUACGAGGCUAAUUUCACCGCUUCGAUUAUCCACGAAAUGCCCGUACAGCAGUUAUCGAACACCAUGCAGUAUUUUUCGCUCCAGCUUAUUCACGAAAAUCUUAAAUUUAACGCGUGCGGAUUCUUCGACAUCGAUUUUGGACUGUUGUGUUCGGUAAGUAAUUGAUCGAUUAUUAAGAGAAAAAAAAGAUCAAUCAAUAUUCCAUGAUUUUGUUUACCGCAGAUCGUAGGAGUCGUGACAACCUAUUUGGUAAUAUUGAUCCAGAUGGAUCGGAAAAUGGAAUGCAGUUGAUUUCACGUCAUUUGAACCACAUGAUGCUUUGUUAUCUCUUCGAAUUUAGUGGUUUUCCCAAAUCAGGAUGAGGACGUAGCGAAAUAGCGUGUGAAUUUUGUGUGGAAAUACCUAGAGGUAGAGUAUAAAAGUGAUGACGGAAACGGGAAAUGAGUGAGAAACGGUGCAAUCACGACGACCGAAUGAACCCUGCAACUUCCUCUUCAAAAUAUCCCUGCGGGGUACAUUUUCCCCUGUGGUCGACGUUGAUUGCACAAACUGCCGCGGUGUGGGUAUAGGUGGAAAUUGAACACAUGUAGAUAUGUAUGAAAAUAAAAAUGA